AUGCGGUCACUUAGCGCCGCGGCUAACCGACGCGGCGAGCGUCACGUUGACUGGUUCUACGGUUCGAACGACGAGGAGAAUGCUGAUAAGGAGCUGACGGACAGAAACUGGAGUCAGGAGGAUGAGGGCGAGGAGGCAGGGACGUUCUCGCUAGCCAGUCAGGAUGUUCUGAAGGGCCGAGCCAUGAAGAGCAAGCGCAGGAACGCAGGAGCUGAGGGCGAGGGAGGCGGAGCUUUCAAAAGUUUCAAAGGGUUCUCUCUGAGCGCCUCGGUCGGAGGCGGGGCCAAUCCCGCCGGGGGUGCGGCCUCAUCUGGUGGAGGCGGGGCGUCGCUGUUCUCCGGCUUCGGUAACGGCGGCGGAUUCAAAAGUCUUGGAGGUCUGACCAAUGGGACCAGCAGCACGUCGGCGUUGGGGGCUUCUCGGGUCCCGCCCACUUCCUCCGCUGCUCCUGGUCUGACCUUCAACAGCCCCCCGCCCCCGCAGACGCCAAGCAGACCAAUGGCUCCGCCCCCCUGCUGCCUCAGACCUCCCCGUGCAGCGGCGCAGCGGGCGGAGCCGGCGGGAGCAGCAAGGAGUAACCGGCGGCAGCUGACGGCGCUCAACUGUCCGGUGCGAGACUGGAUCACCAAACACGUCGACGACAACCCGCUGUGCGACCUCAACCCCAUCUUCAAGGACUACGAGCGCCACCUGGCGUCCAUCGAGAAGCAGUACGGCGCCGCGCAGGCCGAGGGAGGCGCAGAGGAGAAGCAGCAGGAUGCAGCCGCUGCUCCUGCUGCUCCUUCCUCCUCCUCCCUGUUCUCCUUCAGUAAAACAGAGGAGAAGAGCUCCUCCUCCUCCUCUCUCCCCACCGGAGUCUCCUUUAACUUCGGGAAGAAGGUGGACAAGCUCCGUCUCGGCUCCCUAGGCUCCGCCCCCAGCUUCUCCUUCUCCCCAUCCUCCUCCUCAUCGUCCGGCCCCCCGCUGUUCGGUGGAUCCACCGCACCGCUCUUGACAGCAGAUCUGAACCGUGUUUCAUCAGAUGAGAACGCAGAGAGUCGGAGGAGCCGCCCAAAACCCGAGGUCAAGGAGGUGAAAGAAGACGACGCCUUUUACUCACAAAAAGUACGUCUGUGUAAGAUGUUCUACAAAAAGGAGGCGGAGUUCAAGGAGAAGGGCGUGGGGACGCUGCACCUCAAAGAGACGGCAGAGGGGAAAACACAGAUGAUCAUCCGCGCCGACACCAACCUGGGCAACAUCCUGCUGAACAUCCUGGUACCGCCCUCCAUGCCUUGCUCGCGGGUCGGGAAGAACAACGUGAUGGUGGUGUGCGUCCCAAACCCGCCGCUGGACGACAAGAGCCCCAGCAGCCCCGUGCCGCUGCUGAUCCGGGUGAAGACCGCCGAGGACGCCGACGAGCUGCACAAGAUCCUGGAGGAGAAGAAGAGCUGAACUCGCCCCGCCCUCACUGUAGACCCCGCCCACCAGGAACCCCUCCCACCACCACGCCUCUCAUGAGACUCCGCCCCCUCGGAUCCAGCGGUUGUGUCAAAUGACUUUUGUCGUACUGUGAAACGUUUGAACCCCCCCCCCCCCUCCUCACACAGCUGUAUUUCUUUUUUUUCCUCUGAGGGGCGCUCUGGACGAAGACGGGCCAGUCAAUUUGGUUUUACAAAUUACCCCCAUCCCCCACCCCCCGCAGCCAGCCUGGACUUUUACUGUUAAAACUUUUAUUUUGGGGGAACUAUUUAUUACAGCUGAGGGAUUUCUGCCGAAUCUCACUUCCUGUAAACCUGUGGUGUUUUUUUUUUUUGUAAGUGUCCUUUGUGUGGCCGAGGGUCCGUCCUUCAGGAAACACGCCGUCAUCGUUCAGCCGCAUUCGUAAAGACGUUUUAUCGCAAUAAAGAAAGGAGGGAAAACAC